UGUGUGUGUGUGUGUGUGUGUGUGAGAGAGAGAGAGAGAGAGGGAGAGAGAGCAGCACUCAAAGAGGAAACGUGAGCCGACUUUCUUUGUGUGCAAUGACGCUCGCUGUUAGCCACCGUCGCUACUAGCUGUGCUGUCGGCCCGGCCCGCUGGUGCUGAUGGAGCGCUUCCUGGCUCUGCUGCGCCUGCUGGGGAGGAGGCGCGGUGGGAGGAGGUACCGGGCGGAGGAAGACUACCAGGAAGGCUACGAGGACGUUUACUUGUACACCAGCAAGUACAACACACGCCUGCUGAAUGAAGGUCCAUACACCAAGCACUCGGCGGGUUCGCGACCUUCGGAUGGAGCGCUGGCCAUCAGGAGGCAGAGUAUACCAGACGAGUUCCGGGGGUGCACGGUGGUGGAGCUGAUGAAGAAGGAGGGCACCACGCUUGGGCUGACCGUCUCCGGCGGCAUCGACAAGGAUGGCAAGCCGCGGGUAUCCAACCUGCGGCAGGGAGGAAUCGCUUCCAGGAGCGACCAGCUCAACGUGGGCGACUACAUCCGCUCGGUGAACGGCAUCAACCUGGCCAAGUUCCGCCACGAUGAGAUCAUCAGCCUGCUGAAGAACGUGGGCGAGCGCGUGGUGCUGGAGGUGGAGUACGAGCUGCCGCCCAUGUCCGUGCAGGGGUCGGGGGUCAUGUUCAAGACGGUGGAAGUGACGCUGCACAAAGACGGGAACAGCUUCGGCUUCGUCAUCAGAGGCGGAGCCAGUGAAGACAGGAACAAGUCUCGGCCCAUCGUCAUGACAACCAUCCGCUCAGGCGGGCCCACUGACAGGGAAGGGACCAUCAAGCCGGGCGAUCGCUUGCUGAGUAUCGACGGGAUCCGUCUGCAUGGCAACACGCUGUCAGAAGCCAUGAGCAUCCUGAAGCAGUGCGGACAGGAAGCCACACUGCUGGUGGAGUACGACGUCUCCGUCAUGGACUCAGUCGCCACGGCGUCCGGCCCGCUGCUGGUGGAGGUUGCCAAGGCCACGGGCUCCAGCCUGGGCGUGGCUCUGUCCACCUCCAUGUUCUGCAGCAAGCAGGUCAUCGUCAUCGACAAGGUCAAACCCGCCAGCAUAGCCGACAGGUGUGGUGCUCUCCAUGCAGGAGAUCACAUUUUAUCCGUGGAUGGAAAGUCCAUGGAGUUCUGUUCCCUGGCUGAAGCCACGCAGCUGCUCUCCGCUUCCUGUCAGAUCGUCCGCCUGGAGAUUCUGCCUCAGCACCAGGCCCGACCCGCCCUGAACGCACCGCAGCAAGUCAAGGUUCAGCGUUCCCCCCGCCCCCUCCCCUGGGAGACCGGUGGCUCCACCCCCAUCCUUCCACCUUACCACUACAACACGUACCACCCUGACCAAUCAGGUGCCAGAUCGCAGAACCGCCACACAAACAACUCUUCGCUGAGCCACUCGUUCUCUCCCGGCUCCAUGUCGGCCUACAGUCUCUCGUCCCUCAACAUGAGCACGCUGCCCAGGAGCGCGUAUCCCACGAGUCCACGGGGCACGCUGAUGAGGAAGAAGCAGAAGAAGAAGGACUUUAAGAGCUCCUUGUCUUUGGCGUCCAGCACGGUGGGUCUUGCCGGUCAGGUAGUGCACACGGAAACCACGGAGGUGAUGUUGCUCGGCGACGGCAUCAUGGGCUUCGGCCUUCAGCUGCAAGGUGGAGUCUUUGCCACCGAGACGCUGUCUUCGCCGCCGCUCAUCGCUUACAUCGAUCCCGACAGUCCUGCGGAGAGGUGCGGCAUCCUGCAGAUUGGAGACAGGAUCUUGUCCAUCAAUGGAGUUCCAACUGAAGACUCCACCUUGGAAGAAACCAAUCAGCUGCUCCGAGACUCCUCCAUCACAGCACAACUUACCCUGGAGAUCGAGUUCGAUGUGGCUGAGUCGGUCAUCCCGUCCUCGGGAACUUUCCACGUGAAGCUCCCAAAGAAACCCGGAGUGGAGUUGGGAAUUACCAUCAGCUCUCCGUCCAACAGGAAGUCAGGCGACCCGCUGAUCAUCUCGGACAUCAAGAAGGGCAGCGUGGCUCACAGGACGGGAACGCUGGAGCUGGGAGACAAGCUGCUGGCCAUCGACAACAUCCGCGUGGAGAACUGCUCCAUGGAGGAGGCCGUCCACAUCCUGCAGCAGUGCGAGGAGCUGGUCAAGCUGAAGAUCCGUAAGGAUGAAGACAACUCAGACGAGCAGGAGGUGUCGGGCAGCAUCAUCUACACGGUGGAGCUGCAACGCUACGGCGGUCCGCUAGGAAUCACCAUCUCAGGCACCGAGGAGCCCUUUGACCCCAUCAUCAUCUCCUCGCUCAGCAAAGGGGGGCUGGCAGAAAGGACGGGCGCUAUCCACGUGGGCGACCGGAUCUUGGCCAUCAACAGCAGCAGCCUGAAGGGCAAACCUCUGAGCGAGGCCAUCAGCCUGCUGCAGCAGGCGGGAGAAACCGUCACGCUCAAGAUCAAGAAGCAGGGCGAGCUGUCCAGUCCCAAGGCCUGUGUGAUUGGCUCAGAGCCGGGGGCGGGGCCUAACCAGGAGAACCACAAUGAGGACGAGGAGGAGCCUGUCGUCAUGGUGGCGCCCCCAACCAGGCUGUUCAGCACGCUGCCGUCCGUAGACAGCGCCGUGGAGUCUUGGGAUGGAUCCAACAUGGAUGGCAUCUUCACCAGCCCGGCGCCACCGUUUCAGUCCUCGCCUUUCACCUUCCACGAGUGGCGCAAUGCCAAGACGAGCAACAGCCAAUCACCCGCUUCCUCUCGCCAGAGAGCCAACCCACUGUCAGACCUCGGCCUGAACGACGACUGGGACCACGCCGCACUCGGAGGAACCUGUAAUGUCGCCAGUGGUCUUAUUUCUGACAGCAGGUUCACGGUGGGCCACGAUGGGACUGAACCAGACCAGGAGGAGAACUUCUGGUCUCAGGCUCUGGAGGAUCUGGAGACGUGUGGUCAGAGUGGAAUCCUCAGAGAGCUGGAGGCCACCAUCAUGUCGGGCUCCACCCUUAGUCUCAACCAGGACCCCACCCCCCUGCGCACCACGCUGGGACGCCAGGCCAGCUUCCAGGAGCGCAGCAGCACCCGACCGCAGGUGACCCCGCGCUCCAACACCUUGCCCUCCGACCCCCAGCGCAGAGCCUUUGCCAUGAAGAAGAUGAGACAGGAAGUCAACGACAUCCUCAACCAGAACCCAGUAGAACUUCACAAGCUGACCGUGGAGAAGUCGUCCGACUUGGAGGACUUCGGCUUCAGCGUCUCGGACGGCGUGUUGGACCGCGGCGUGUACGUCAACAACAUUCGAGCGGGUGGUGCGGCGGAGCGCAGCGGUCUGCGGGCGUACGACCGCCUGCUGCAGAUCAAUCACGUCCGCACGCGGGACUUUGACUGCUGCCUGGUGGUGCCGCUCAUCGCCGAGUCGCCCAACCGCUUGGAGCUGGUCAUCAGCCGAAACCCCACCUCCUCCGCCAGCCCGCUGACCAACCACACGGAAGGAGGACGCUGCGGCCAGACGGAGGCGCACACCGAGGACAACAACGACGACGACGCUCCCAUCAAAUGGAAGAAACCCGGGGAGGGGCUGGGGGCGGGGCUAGUCACCAACACUUCUGUAUAGUAGUGACAGGAACCACCUGACCCCGCCCCCUCCCACACCCCCACGGUGCUACACAGACCCUCCCUCGCAGUGACCUUUUGAAAGCACACGGAUGGAGCAGUCACUUCCUGUCCUCACUUCCUGGUAUGGAAGGAACUCCAAAGAAGCACAGCUGUGGUUGCCAUGGAGACCACACACACUCCAGCCAAUGGAAAGACUUCCUGAACGUUUAAAAAAAUAACACGGAUGAUGAAGACACUAAGAUUUUGUUUUGUUUUGUUUACACGGGACUUACUGGCCUCACUGUGCGUGUGUGUGCGUGAGUGUGCGCGUGUGUCGGUGUCGUUGGCCGGAGAAGACCUUCCCCCACCUCGCCCCUCCCUUAGCCAAUAGACAGGCAGGAUGACAGACACUAUCAGCGGAUUGGCUGGAACCAAUCAAUCAAAGGAUUCCUGACUCUGAUUGGCCCUCCUCAAUGAGUUAACCAAUCAGUUUCCAGGAAGCAGCCAAGCAUGACCCCGCCCCCUCUAGUAGCUGUGCUCUAUUAUGCUAAUCAAUUGGUGUGUUUUUGACUGACUGUUGUCAUUUUUCUCUGUUUGUUGGUUUGUUACCGUGACGACUGGACCUCAACUGGUGUACAUUAGAUUUAAAAAAAGGUUCAGUCCGUCAUCAUGGAGCCAUAAAACCAUUUAAAAACCAUUUUACACGUAGAAAAAAAAACCUGUUUAAACGGGGAACUUGUGACGCGUGCGUGAUGUCAACAUUUAGCGCUCCUCGUUAGAACGUCGACAUUUAAAGCCACUGGUCGGAAACCUCCUUGAAACCACUUGCUGCUCUGUGAUUGGUCGUUCCAAUGGUUAGCGGCGGCGCGGCCAUCAUGUUAGCUAGUGGCUAGCAGACGCCGAGCACACGGCCGACUUAGCACAAGGCUAACACAGGGCUAAUGCCAGCUGGCUGCUAACAUCAGGCUAGCUAAAGCCUGCGAGACGUAGCUCAGCUAACAUGGUUGGCAGCACAUCAUAAUAAUAACUGUUAACCCUGACGCUACCCAACUUCAAAACAAACCAAACGAGCAGAUGAUGUUGAGGGGCGUGGCUUCAGAACGAGUGCAAUCAAGCCAUACACACUGUGUUCGUACGCGUGUAUUGCGUGUGUGUGCGUGUGUCCGUGUGUGAGCAACAUAGCAGGAAUUUGCACUUAAAUGUUUGAUCUCAACACCCCUCCCCCCCAUCCACACACAUACACGUGCACGCACACACACAUGCAUUGCACUGCCAUUGGAAAUGAAGAGAGUGGGCGGAGUUCAUUUCCGUGUAGCGUCACCAACCAAACCGUAUUUUCUUUAAGGAACAACAAUGUUGUAAAGUAUUUUUGUACAAAUUUAAUACUUUGGUAGCAUGACGUUCCUGCUGUUUGUCCUCUCGCCACCUUCUUUGUAUGGACGACUACUGAGCAACAAUAAAUACUACUACUCACUCUGCCUUCAUGUACCUCUGCACUACUAGUAUUACUCUUCUUAAUACACCAAAAUACUCACUUUGGCUUCACAUACCUCUAGUAGUACUGCACUACCAGUAUUACUGGUCCUACUAGACCCAAAUACUCACUGCCUUCACCUUGUACAGCACGAUUAGU